AUGAAGAAUAUUUACACGACUAUCAAGAUCUCACUGGGUGCUGAAAAGGCUGAGCUGUUGGCUCAUUCUUGUAGUUGUGCAGCAGCUGUUCCUCCUGCCCUGGCAUGUACGAGUGAUCUACAAAGAUGGCACAGGCCAAGAACACAGGGGAUCCACCCUGAACCUGCCAGCAAAGUCAUAGUGCGAAAGCCCAAAACUGUGGGGAAACGAUGUCUGCAGUCUACACUCUACAGAGCUUUCCCAGGACCACUUCCUGACCCCGACAUCAUCGCAUCGGGAGAGAAAUUACGCCAGCUGGAGUCCCCGCCACUCAUAGCUCUUGUUUUAGAAGGUCUCUCAACUUUGGAGCUGGUUCCGUCCAAAUUUGGGCCUGUGCCUCGAGGCUCACCAAUGUCUUACCAGUGCCCACCUGAGAAGUCCUGCGACGUCAUCAUUAUACACCACACAGCUCCAGACUUCCCUGCUCUUCCUUUGAUGUUUCACAGUCUUACAAACAUGUGUUUUGUGCCUACUCUUGGUCAACUUAGGAUGUCGAAAAGGUGGCAUUGUGAGUUUGGCCCCAACUUCAUCAAGGAGGUCUUGAAUGAGGAAGCCCUUAUCUGCCAUGACUUCAUCUCCUGGCUCCAGCAGCGGAAGAAUUCCACUGAUUUUAGUGAUCUCUUUGUCGGAGAUGCAGCCAGUGUACAGCUGUGA